AAGUAGAGAUUUGUGGAAAUCCCUGGAUGUCUGAGGCAGUGAAAGGCAUGUUUGUUGCAGCAGACGAUCGAUUUGGCGCUGGCGGGAAGGAAUUUCUGCAUUGUAUAUGUCAUGUGUAAUGAUUGCUCUGCUCUAUAUGGAUGUGUAUGCUUAUUUUGUACCGAACGAACUCUUCAAAUGACUGGCUGGAGAGAUAGAGUUCGUCUAUUGUUAUCUCCGGUUGAGGAGCGACUAUUGGAAAGCAUUUGGACCAGACGACAAGGAUUGGUGGGCUAUAUGCUGAUGGAAUUAAAGACCACUAAAAACGAAAACGAUCCUAAAUAGAUCUUUAAAGCUGGAUGACAUUCAUUGAUUUAAUUCUUGUAACGACCAAAAAGGCUCAUUGAUGGAAUGUUGUGUAGUGUUAUAGUCUGUGUCUGCGAGCACAGCGAAACAACGCGGGUAUAUUCGCUUUGAUCUACAGGAAGCGAAGUCAAUUAAAUGUAAAGGUGAAUUCCAAGAGAAGUCGUUGUACAUGCACAUAUUGUAAAAUGACGAUGGAGGAUGGAUGAACAAUGACUUUUCUAAUUCAACGGCUAACAACAACGCUUGAAUCGAAAAACACAAUAAAACAUGAAUUCCAAGAAAACAGCUGUUAUUCGACACAUCGGAAAAAGAGGGCGAGGAAAAGGCCAAUUCAUGAAUCCCUGCGGAAUCAUGGUUACCCUAACAGGUGAUAUUGCCGUAGUGGACACGGAAAAUCAUCGAAUUCAAAUUUUUAAUGAAAACGGAAGCUUUAAAUCAAAAUUCGGAUCGAAAGGGUGCAAAGUAGACCAAUUUAACUAUCCACUGUGUGUUGCAGUCACUCCUCAGAAUCAUUUGGCGGUUACAGACAGCGUCAACGCAUGCGUGAAGGUAUUUUCAGUUGAUGGACAGUUGAUUCAAUUAUGUGGAGGUGAAUUUGAUUUUCCUUAUGGCAUAGCGGUGUCAUAUGAUGGAUUUUUCAUAAUAACGGAUAUCUUUAGACAUUCUGUCACAAUACUCGAUGCAGAAGGAAGUCCUCACAAUUCUUUCGGAGAGUUCGGUUCGGAAAUGAAAGAAUUUGAUCAUCCGUAUUUCGUUGCAGUUGAUCAAAGUAAGCAAAUUAUUGUGUCCGAUUCCGGAAACAGCAGCAUUAAAUUAUUUCAUUUUGAUGGAAAGUUGUUGCGAAUGUUUUCACAGAAUGAUUUCAAACUUCUUAAUGAAACAUUUUUAAAUUUACAAGGAUUGUGUUUAGAUGCAGACGGAAAUACUCUUGUUAUAUGCAAUAGCACAAUAUACAUUUUAAUCAAGAAUGGAAGAUUAUGGGAGAUCCUGACAAUGAGCGAUGGAGUAUUUUCUCCAAAAUCUCUUUCUUAUUCUCCUGCCGGGUGCUUAGUUGUAACUCAGUACGACACGGGGAAACAUCAUGAAGUCACGGUAUUUCGGUACAAAAAAGAGGACUUCCGCUCGCUCAACUCCGCGCAAUUCUAUGCAAUUUCUUUAUAAUUUUUACACUAUUCAUUUAAUUAAUGUGUCAAAUUGUCUGAUAUUGAGUUUGGUGCAAGAUUUUAACUUUGUAGAUAUUUAAAAAAGAAACCAAAGUAUUUUAUAAUUUUAUUUCAAAAUAACAAUGUUUUUGUCAUAUAAACAGUGAUUUUAAUAUAAAGAUUGCUGCAUGUAUACCAAGCACACAGCACAAUUGUUUUUAUUCGCAAACAAAUGUUUAAUUGAUAUGCAUAUCAUAUUACAUCUGAAUGUAUCAAUAUAUUUAAAACUAUGAGAGAAAAUAAAUUUGGUACAUGUACUUCUCGCAGAGAAAUAGCACUCACCAUACGUGUAUUUGAACGUUACACUACCGUUUUAAACACAAGCUGGUCAAUGUUUUGAUGAAAUUCAUUUGUUGGAUGAAAUUCAGUUCGAAUCUGAUGUGGUUUUUUAAAUUAUGCAUGUCGGUAUUCCCUUUAUGAAGUUAGUAUAUUGUAUUAGUGUGGCAUUUCAUAGACGUAUUUGAAUUUGCCAAUCGCAGAAAAAUAAAAUGAAAUGAAAAAUAAAACAGAUCAGAAAAAAUUUGAAGAUUUUUUGUGAUUAUUUACUUUAUCUAAUGCUUUGUUUACCUUCAAUAUUUCACUGUAUUUCUCGAUAAAAAAAAAUUCUGACAUGCAAAUGUUCCUUUCAACUUGACAUAAAAAACUAUACGUGUACCUAUAAGAAA